CACGGAUCGACACUUAAUCCAAUGGCUACCACGCCGCCUCCCUCUCUAUAAAACUAACCUCUCCAAGUCCAAUCACAGGCAGCUGCAAUCAUAAAGCCAACUUGAGAUUUUUGAGAGGGAAUCAAGGAGGGUUAAGCAAAGAUGUCAGGAAGAGGAAAGGGAGGUAAGGGAUUGGGAAAGGGAGGAGCCAAGAGGCACAGGAAAGUUCUUCGUGAUAAUAUCCAGGGUAUCACGAAGCCUGCGAUUCGUCGUCUGGCUAGGCGUGGUGGAGUCAAGCGUAUCAGUGGUCUUAUCUACGAGGAGACCAGAGGCGUUCUCAAGAUCUUCCUGGAGAACGUGAUUCGUGAUGCUGUCACGUACACUGAGCACGCUCGUCGCAAGACAGUGACUGCUAUGGAUGUUGUGUAUGCUUUGAAGAGGCAAGGACGCACUCUCUAUGGCUUUGGUGGCUUCAGCUUUACGAGUAGUGGUAGAUAUCUGAUUCCUCUACUUGCAAAACGUCAUAGUAAAGAAAAGAAAAGAAUGUCAGGGAGAGGAAAGGGAGGUAAGGGAUUGGGAAAGGGUGGAGCCAAGAGGCAUCGUAAGGUUCUUCGUGAUAACAUCCAGGGUAUCACCAAGCCUGCGAUCCGUCGUCUGGCUAGGCGUGGUGGAGUCAAGCGUAUCAGUGGUCUUAUAUACGAGGAGACCAGAGGUGUCCUCAAGAUCUUCUUGGAGAAUGUGAUUCGUGAUGCCGUAACCUACACGGAGCACGCUCGCCGCAAGACAGUGACAGCUAUGGAUGUUGUGUAUGCUUUGAAGAGGCAAGGCCGUACUCUCUAUGGGUUUGGUGGUUGAAGGGACCUGUUCCGAGGACGUCUUCUUGGUUUAGGGUUUCAUGUGUUGUUUAUUUAGGCUAACAGGAAACAAUAAAAUGCAAGGAAGUUUUAUGCA